AUGUCGACAGAAGCUGAAACUAAAGGCAAAAAGCGAACGCACGAAGAAGACGAUGAAUCGAACGGAGGUGCUGAAACUACGACUGCAAGUUCAAAGAAAAAAUCCACCCCGGUGAAAGCAGCCACAUCAACCACCAAGACCAAAUCACGAAACGAUGAAGAAGAUGAUGAAUCCCGCGAAGACUACAAUGAAGACGACUCCAACAGUGUGGAAGUUCACGGUAAAAAUGCAUCAAAACGCAAUGGCAAAGCAACAUCAACGAACGCAGCAGCUGCCAGUGGUGACGCUGACGAAGAUGGCGAUUUCGACGACGAUGAAGACGAUGAAGGCUCCGAAGACGAGGAGGAUGAUUACAAGGGACAAGGUGAUGGUAGUGAAGGAGAAAGUGAUGAUGGUGGAAGUGAAGGUGAUGCCGGUGGUGAUGAUGAUGAAUCAAAAGAUGUGGUUGAGGAUGAUGACGAAGACGACGAAGGUGACGAAGAAUCAAAAGAGUGA